AUGAGUUGGAGACGAUGUAAAGGAUCUGUUAUCCUCAGAGACACAUCAAGUGAUCGCCAGGGAUAUAAAAGGGACAUAAGGUCACUCACAAGGAAGAGUACUUUUGGUAAAAGCUUCCGGAUCGAUGCGGAACCUCCGAAAGUAUCCCCUGUGGUUAAGGAGCCUAAACCAAAAUUCCUGGACCGAUGUGGAAAUGUGAUAAGAAAGCUACAAUACAACAGGACAUACCGAAUUCGUGUGACGUACAGUCUUUGUUUAGUCUGGGUGUAUAUGAUACUGGGAUGGACCACAGGCCAACUGGGACCUAUCCUACUGGAUCUGUCGUUGAUCACGAACGUCAGCCUAGAGGCCACUGCCACCUACAUUAUAAUUUUAGGAGUAGGCUACAUCCUAGGGUCCUUUCUAGGAGGUAUGGUUUACGAGAAGCUGAGUCGACCUUUGACCCUGUUUUUUACGUGCUUGGUCCUGGCUGCGUUUGAGUUCACUAUACCGUACUGCAGGCAGUAUUGGAUAAUGAUGAUCAUCCUGUUCCUAGAUGGCACUUGUGAGGGGGCCAUAGAUACAAUUGCCAAUACUGAAAUGGUAUCCCUUUGGGGGAAAUCCAUCGAAUCGUGGAUGCAGGGAAUGUAUUUCAUGUUUGCUGUCGGCGCUGUCAUUUCCCCACUAGUAACCGCCCCUUUUCUGGCACCCGAGAUUACUGUCAGUGUCUCUGGUGUUCAAAGCGGUUCUACAUCCGUGACAAUCUUCACUCUGUAUGAUGGCACACAGACUAGGAUUUACUUAGUAUAUAUUAUCAAUGCUUGUCUGGUCCUCGUUGCUGCAGCUUUGUUUUUUUAUCAGUCUAUAAAAAACUCCAUCUUCCUCCAUGGCCUGAGUCUACCAAUUAACGACGUGCAACAAGCGAGACCGCUGUCGAAGAGAGAAAAGACACUGAUUUUACUAAAUAUGGGCAUUCUUUGUUUUCUUUAUACAGCUAUUGAGGAAACAUUUGCUGAAUUUCUUACUAUAUUUUGCGUGGCACAGAUGGGUAUGACGAAAGUCCAAGGAUCCGAAGCGACCUCAUUAUUCUUUGCGGCGUUCGGGAUAUCUCGGUUUGUAGGAAUCUUCCUUGUGACACAGCUCAAUCCUGUUCGUCUAAUCUGUGGAUAUUGUGUGAUACUAAUUCUGUCCUUUGUAGGGCUGACAUUAGCAGGUCUGUAUUAUCACAUCAUCGGUAUCUGGCUUUUUAGUCCUCUUAUUGGAAUCGGUCUGUCUAUCAUUUAUCCAAUAUUAUACACAUGGACAGACGAAAACUUUAUACACAUCACUGGGAAAAUAACCGCCUUCCUAAUAAUCAUGGCAUCCUUGGGCGGUAUGGUCAACCCCGCCCUGCUCGGAUAUUUGAUGGAGGAGAGAUCUCCAAUGUGGUUCUGCUACCUUCUACUCGUGGAAUCUCUUCUGUUCUUACUUUUCUAUGACGUGGGUUUAUUACUUUCACGUUGGAUAGCUACAAAGCCUAAUGUACGGCGUCUAUAUAAUUCUGAAGUAGAAAUGGAGACCAUCAAUGAAAACUUCGGACUAGAUCAACGAAUAUCGCCAUCACCGUUUGAUGAUAGGACGGGACUAAAUGCAAAUAUGAGGCUUUCUUCUGUGAAGUCAGCUCAACAGUCGUCGGAUAAACAACAGAUGGAAACUAUUACGGAAGGACGUGGUGGCUCCACAGAUGGCGCUAACAUGUCUUCGGAAAUUCCAUCCACGUCACAGCAAGAGAAAAGUUCAUUGGUGAUGAAUGAAGAAAGCAUUGGUCAACAGUCUGACAAGAAGUCACGUGAUGCGAGAAUCGACACACCAAUCAUAACGGAAACUUCAGGAUCAGAUGAGAACGGCGAAACAUCAAAAUUGGUAGGUACUUCAGUUACAGACGAAGAGCAAAAGGCAGUUCCUGUUUCGGACAUAGAGGCAAACCUACAUGCAGGAAAAGAAGAAACGGAAGUAUCUAUAAGAGCUGAACGCGCAGAAGCGGAAGUAGGUGGCAGGGAAUUUACUGAUAAUUCCAUGCUGACAAACGACGAUUCGUCAGGAGUCAAAAAAGAAACAAUUGUCUAA